AUGGUACGACCUUUAAUACACAAAAUUGUAACUUCCCAUUAUGAACAUGGUAUCGAAGAUGACAAUAUAACGGAACGAUUUAAGAACACUACAAAUGACGCAUUUACACAGUUUACAGGAUAUCUUUCAGAACCUCAACUUCGAUUUGAUUUAAAUCCCUUAGAGUGGUGGAGAACACGAGAAGAAAAAUAUCCAGCAAUAGCAACUAUUGCCAAAAAAUAUUUAGCAAUCCCAUCUACAUCGGCAAUUCAGAGGUGUUUCUCAACGGCAGGUAACAUUGUGACGCCAAAAAGAAGUUGCCUUCUUCCUGAAAAUGUAGACAUGUUGGUAUUCUUAUACCAAAACAGAAAAUUAUAUUUCUAG